UUCCCCUUUCUAGAACUGUUGUUACAUAAACUGAUCUAGGAGAUCAAGCUCAGGAAGAAGGGAAGGAGACUGAGAGAUGACCAAUUCCGUGAUGUUCAUCGUCUUUUCCUUCGCCGUCGCUAUCACAACAUCGAUCAUAACAGCAGAGCAAUUGAGUUACAAAGAAUGCGAGAAUCUAGGGUUUACGGGUCUCGCUCUUUGUUCUGACUGCAACACUAUGGCCGAGUAUGUCAAAGAUCAAGAGUUGGUUUCUGAUUGUCUCAAGUGCUGUACUGAAGACUCUAAUGAUUCUACAAGCAAGAUUACAUAUUCUGGUGCAAUCCUGGAAGUAUGCAUGAGAAAGCUAGUUUUCUAUCCGGAGGUAGUAAAUUUCAUUGAAGAAGAUAAGGAUUCAUUGCAUUCCGUAAAAGUUCAGUACAUGUUUAAUUCUCCGCCCAAGUUGAUCAUGUUAGACGCAGAGGGACAACACAAGGAAACCAUAAGAGUUGACAACUGGAAACGCGAACACAUUGUGAAUUUCCUUAAGGAGAAGUUAAAGCAUACUUCAUCGUCAGCAGUUUAAUGGAGAUUCAAUUCAAAUUCAGGGUUUCUUCUUGUUGUCAUCAUGGCUAAUGCAAGCAAAAGCAGGAUCAAAAGAGGAGAGAAAAUUGACAAUCUAUACUAUAUAUCUCGUAACCUUAUUUUUCAUAUGGCUAUAUUGCGGUUGAUACAUAACUAAGAAGACAAUUCAUUUAAGUGAAGUUAUGUUUAAACAAGGAUAUUUUCAUAAAUGAAGUGGGUAUUUUCCUGA